GCGCGAUGCUGCUGAAGGAGCUGCCGCCUGGCGCAGUUGGGCCCAGACGGCGGUGGAGAAAGGAGGCCGCCUGGCCUACCGCUUCUCCAAGGCGGCCCCCACGCCGGUGGUCAGGGGCGCCGACGCAGGGAGGCCCCUCGCCGGCAUGGGCGCCGUUGAUCAGCUCACGCGCACGUGGCAGCGGCUCUGGCUCCAGGAAGGCUUCCCCAGUGGAGUCGGAGCCUACCAGUGGGACGUUGGUUCCUGGACGCUACCGCCCAUCACCCUGGAGGCCUUGCAACAGGCGUGCAAGCGCUACGGCCCGUCGGUUGGGCUGGGCUGCGACAACCUGCACCCUCGCCAGCUUCUCAUGCUGCCAGUUGCGCUGCAGCUUCGCCUGAUCGACAUCCUCACGGCGUUUGAGGACGAGCCUUCUUCGAUCAGGGGACAGGUGACGCUCAUGGUUUUUAUUCCUAAAGCUGACGGAGGGACGAGGCCCAUCGCGCUGCUCCCGCUGGCCUUGCGGCUCUGGUCUCGCCUGAGGCAGCCGCGCUGUGCCCGAUGGGUGUCAGACCUCAUUUUCCCCUUCUUCUGGGGUCGCGAUGGCCGUGAUUGCGAAAGAGCGGGUUGGAUCCACAACUGCUUCGCGGGCUUCGCGAUGGCCUCCCCGCACUUCGAGGUGGCCAGCCUGUUCCUGGACACCCGCAAGUUCUACGAGCACGUGCGCCACGACGUCCUCUGGACGCCAGCCCAGCGCUUUGGCUUCAACCUGAAGCUGCUGCGCGGCCUCCUCGCCAUCUACCAGGCCCCGAGGAUCGUGCUGGCAGGCUGGUCGUGGACCAGCUCGCGGGGGCCAGCGGGGAGGUGCUGCGACACCUGCGGGCCCACCCUCCCGCUCAAUGAGAGCAAGUCCGUUUUCCGGGCCUCGUCUGCACAUGUGGCGGACGGCCUCGCCGCCAGCUGGGCCGCCCUCGGCUUCGAGGUCAAGCGUGGCUCCCAGGCCCGCAACCUGGGCACCGACGCCAACGUGACCCGCAGAGGGGUCCAUGAGGGAGGCGCCCGCGCUGUGGGAGGCCUCUCCCGCGCCAGGCGGCUGAGAACCCUGGGCUCGGCGGGGGCCGCGGUGGUGCACAUGCGCCGAGCAGGCCCAACCGCCGCCAUGCUGCGGGGCAGGACAGUCGCAGGGGUGCCCGACGGCGAGCUUCACUCCUGGCGCCUGGCGGCUGCGCGCGCGGCAGGGAAGCCUCCCAAGGCCGCCUCCCUUGGGCUUAGGCCCAGGGCGAUCGAGGUGCAGCGCUCCGCCGACCUGGACCCGAGCCCCGCCCUGGUGCGCGCAGCGGUGCAGGUGGCAGCCAGCCUCCUUCAGACGGGCGAGGUGCCCCUGAGGACGUUCGCUACCUGCCUGGAGGAGGCCGAGCGCAGGCGCGGCAGCGCCAUGGUGCCCUGGGUGAACUGCAAGAACCCAGUCGACGCCCUGGCCCUCUCUCUGUUGCGGGUUGGGUGGCGCCUCUCGGCUGGGCACAUCGUGCACACCGACGACGGCCACACCUUGGACAUGCUGAUCAUGGGCCCCCGCGAGCUCGGGUUGCUGGCUGCGGCAGGUGCCCGCAGGGCCUCCGACAGAGCUGAGAUGACGCGGCUUGGGCACGGAGCCGCCCCCUCCAUGCCCUUGUUUUGGGACGCACUCGGCCAGGUCAUCGGGCCGCGCGGCAGGUUCAGCAGCAGAGAGAAGGCAGCGGUGGUGAGCUACCUGUCCAACGCCCACUGGCCGCAGACUCGCCUCUUCGCGGCUGGUGAGCGGGGCCACCCUCGCUGCUGCGCUUGCGGCGAAGCGCGUGGCAGCCUCUGGUGCAGGCUCUUCGAGCGCCCAGCCCUGGCCGCUGGGAGGCGGGACUCGGUGUCAGCCCGCCUCCGUCGCUGCGCCACUCGAGUGAGGCAGCGAGGUGAGGAAGCGGGAGAAUGCUUCUCCAGGUGCUGGCUGCCGCAGCCCCCGCAGACGGCCUGGAGGUCGGACGCGAUGGCAGUCAUGUGGGUGAACAGGCCAGCAGACGGGCUGCUAGGAGGUCGCCUCUUCCUCGACGGCUCAGCGCUCGACCCUGAGUUCGAGUGCAUCCGCAGGGCUGGCUGGAGCAUCGUGCAGUGCGACGAGUUCGGCAACAUGGAGGCGGCGGUGCACGGCACGGUCCGCCUCGACCUGUGCCCCUUCCAGACGGCAAAGGACGGCGAGGACUUCGCGGUCUGGAUGCUGAGCCGCUACCUUGGGCCCUCGAUCAUCGAGAUCAGCAUCGACAGUGCGUCCACAGUCAGCUGCUUGAAGCUCGGCAGGAAGUAUGCGACGGCUGCCAACAAGCCCAAUGCACACCUGUGGUCGGCCGUCUACGCCUCGCUGGACGUCGACGCGAUCACUGUGAACAAGGUGGCGGCCCACUGCACCGAGAUCGAUGUUCGCGAGGGCAGAAUCUCGGAGUUUCAGUUGCUUGGGAACGCCCACGCCAACAGGCUGGCGAAGGCGGGGGCGGCCCUCCACAGGGUCAGCGCGGCGGCCAGGCGGGAGUUCUCCGGCGCGAUGGAGGUCGUGAGGGAGUUCUCCAGGUGGAUCGCGAAGGCCUCGAUCUUCUGGCAGGACAGGGACUCCCAGGACUGCGAGGGCCUUCCUGAGUGCGACGAGCGGAGGACUGCUGUCACCUUCGCGGUCCCGCUGGAGGAGUGCGCUGACGGCCCGCGGGCGGCUCCCGUGAACGGGUCGGGCGCCCCGCCCGCCGCCGUGGGGGCCAGCGGGGAGCAGGCUGGCAGCCGCCCCGCCGCUGUCGGCGCCUGGGCCUCGGCGGCGCGUGACGGAGGAGUAGCGCUGGGCGCCCUGGUCUUCGCCGUCGCAGGGCACACCCUCGCUUGCGCCAGGUGCGGCGAGGACGGCGACCAGCAGGAGAUCAUUGCGUGCACCUGGCGCGGCGCGCAUGCGAGGCUUGGCGGACGCCCUGGCCCGCAGCCCAAGCUCAGGGAGCGCUGCCCUGGCGCGACGGGCCUCCCCAGGUCGCUGCGGGACCAGAAGUCGCGGUGGGAGCGCGGCCUCCACCCUGGGGGUACGCCGCGCGCCCGCGACGCGCGGAGGAAGGGGGCGGAGGCCCCCCGCCUUCGCAAGGAGGCCGAGGUGCCGCAGGACGCCAGGGCGCGCUUCCUGAAGUGGCUCGGAGUCCAGCCCGAGGCCCCAGCAGGCGUCGAGGGCAGCGCCUCGGCGGCCGUCGCUGCUGGGGGCGGCGCUGGCGCUGCGGCCUCCUCCUCGACAGAGCUGCCCGCUGCGGCUGGCGGCGCCGCGGCGGGAGCGGGAUCACGGCAGGCCUGGCUGGAAGCUUACGGCCUCGAUGAGGAGAGCCUGCUGAGCUGGGCGGAGGAGGCCGACGAG